CAGGAACGGACACUCAGCCCAGCACUCCUCGCUCCAAGGAGCAGACAGGACAGGCUGAAAAUAGAAACUGCUUCCAUAAAGAUAAAGACUUUCUGGCCUCCCCACCCAACGACCUGGGUCUCCAUCUAGCUGCCACCACCUCUACCCAGCUUCAUGGUCUGCUAUGGCCUGACUGUGCCAGCAGGAAGCUCCAGAAAAUGAAACACUAAGGGGAUGACUCCAGCAGAGUACCCCACUCCUUUGAAGAAUUCAGAGGAAGAUGUCAGCCCAGUCCCUUCCUGCAGCAACACCCCCUACCCAGAAGCCCCCUCGGAUCAUCCGCCCCCGCCCCCCUUCUCGACCCAGGGCUGCCCAGUCCCCAGGGCCUCCCCACAAUGGCUCCUCUCCACAAGAACUUCCCCAAACUGUCAAUGAUGCUCCAACCCUGAUGUGCACCCCUAUCUUCUGGGAGCCUCCAGCUGCAUCCCUCAAGCCCCCUGCCCUUCUGCCCCCCUCAGCUUCUAGAGCCAGCCUCGACUCCCAGACUUUCCCUGACUCAGCUUCCAGCACCCCUAGUCCAGUGUCCCGGCGCUCUAUCUCCCCAGAACCUGCUCCUCGGUCUCCAGUGCCCCCACCCAAGCCCUCUGGGACACCUCACACACCUCUCCCCCUGCUCCCCACGACUCAGGACCUGGUCCAAGAUGGCCCUGCCUCAGCCCCUGGCACUGUGCGGAGGCUGGCUGGCAGGUUUGAAUGGGGGGCUGAAGGCAGGGCCCAAGCUGCAGAAGCCUUGGAGCCAGAUCCUCAAGGGGAAGCCAAUGUGAAUGGAGAGAGAGAGGCUCCCCUCACUGGGAGUGGGUCCCAGGAGAACAGUGCUCCAGGACACCUGUUUCCCACAGAUGCUGUUCUGGCCUGCCCUCCCUGCUGCCCCUGUGUCUGCCACGUAGCCCGGCCAGGCCUGGAGCUUCGAUGGGUACCUGUGGGAGGCAAGGAGGAAGGCUCCAGGGCUCCCUGCCGGGCCUCACCACUGCGGACCUCCCGCUCCCGGCCCAACCCUCCAAGCAUCAGUCAUCCCCCAGUUGUCCUCACAUCCUACCGCUCCACUGCCGAGCACAAAGUCCUGCCUCCCCUCAAACCUCCAAAACCAUCUCGUGUCAGACAGGACACGGACACUACCAUCUCUGGAGACCAUCCACAGCCAGAUCUCGAUGUGCCUUCCGAAGAUGGAAUACCAACAGCUGCUGCUCUGGGGCUGACAGGAAUUGUAAGUCUCAUAAUAACAUCCUCUGUGGGGCUGGAAUCAGGAAUACUGGCUGGGGGUGCUGCAGGGGUAUUCUCUUCACUCUGCCUUCUCUCUCCAGGAGACAGUCCUGAUGAAACUCCACAGAAUGCUCCUCCAGCAACCGUGGAGGGAAGAGAUGAGGAGGGGCUGGAGGGACUGAAGGAGCAGAAUUGGGAGCUGCCCCUGCAGGAUGAACCUCUAUACCAGACCUACCGAGCAGCCGUGCUGUCAGAAGAGCUGUGGGGGGUUGGUGAGGAUGGGGGUCCCUCUCCAGCAAAUGCUGGAGAAGCUCCCACCUUUGCAAGGCCCCUGGGACCUCGAAACACCCUAUGGCAGGAGCUUCCUGCAGUGCGGGCCAGUGGCCUUCUGGACACCCUCGGCCCCCAGGAGAGGCGCAUGCAGGAGAGCCUAUUUGAGGUGGUGACAUCCGAGGCCUCUUACCUGCGCUCCCUGCGGCUGCUGACUGACACCUUCGUCCUGAGCCAGCCUCUCAGGGACACGCUCACCCCCCGGGAUCACCACACACUCUUCUCCAAUGUGCAGCGAGUCCAGGGAGUCAGUGAGCGGUUCCUGGGGGCUUUACUGUCUCGUGUGCGCUCUUCCCCCCACAUCAGUGACCUGUGUGACGUGGUGCACACACACGCGGUGGGCCCUUUCUCCGUGUAUGUGGAUUAUGUGCGGAACCAGCAGUAUCAGGAAGAGACCUACAGCCGCCUUAUGGACACGAACAUGCGCUUCUCCGCUGAGCUGCGGCGGCUACAGAGCCUCCCCAAGUGUGAGCGGCUCCCGCUGCCGUCCUUUUUGCUACUGCCCUUUCAGCGCAUCACCCGACUCCGCAUGCUGCUGCAGAAUAUCCUACGUCAGACAGAGGAGGGGUCCAGCCGCCAAGAGAACGCCCAGAAGGCCCUGGGUGCUGUCAGUAAGAUCAUUGAGCGAUGCAGCGCGGAGGUGGGGCGUAUGAAGCAGACAGAAGAGUUGAUUCGGCUCACCCAAAGGCUGCGCUUCCACAAAGUCAAGGCCCUGCCCCUGGUCUCCUGGUCACGGCGCCUGGAGUUGCAGGGAGAGCUGACCGAGUUAGGGUGCCGAAGGGGGGGUGUGCUCUUCACCUCGCGCCCCCGCUUCACCCCCCUCUGCCUGCUGCUUUUUAGCGACCUGCUGCUCAUCACUCAGCCCAAAAGUGGGCAGCGGCUGCAGGUUCUGGACUAUGCCCAUCGCUCCCUGGUCCAGGCCCAGCAGGUUCCGGACCCAUCUGGACCCCCGACCUUCCGCCUCUCCCUUCUCAGCAACCACCAGGGCCGCCCCACUCACCGGCUACUCCAAGCUUCAUCCCUAUCAGACAUGCAGCGCUGGCUAGGAGCUUUUCCGACCCCUGGCCCUCUUCCCUGCUCCCCGGACACCAUCUAUGAGGACUGUGACUGUUCCCAGGAACUGUGUUCAGAGCUGUCUACACCUUCCAAGACUGAGAGACGGAGUCUGGAGUCCAGGGUUGCCCCCAAGCAUGUGCACAAGAGCCCAGAAGGUUGGCUGAAGGGGCUUCCUGGGGCCUUCCCUGCCCAGUUGGUGUGUGAAGUCACAGGGGAACAUGAGAGGAGGAAGCACCUUCGCAAGCACCAGAGGCUUCUUGAGGCUGCUGGACCUUCUUCAGGCAUCCCCAGUGUCCCCCCACCCUAAUGCAGGAUGGGGAAAGGACACAUCUGGGAGACACCUAGCGGCGUGGCACGUAUGGAGAGGACAAAGCUCAUGCCUCCAUUGGAUUCACUGUCAGUGGAAACGCUACCUCUAGUGGCAACCCAUAGGGGCCAAACUUCUGGACAGGCAGCCAAUGAAACAGGGCAGUCUGAGCCUGCAGUGAUAAGAAAAGAGGACGAUGGGGCGGCGCCUGUGGCUCAGUCAGUAAGGCGCCGGCCCCAUAUACCGAGGGUGGCGGGUUCAAACCCAGCCCCGGCCAAACUGCAACCAAAAAAUAGCCAGGCGUUGUGGCGGGCGCCUGUAGUCCCAGCUACUUGGGAGGCUGAGGCAAGAGAAUCGCUUAAGCCCAGGAGUUGGAGGUUGCUGUGAGCUGUGUGAGGCCACGGCACUCUACCGAGGGCCAUAAAGUGAGACUCUGUCUCUACAAAAAAAAAUUUAAAAAAAAAAAAAAAAGAAAAGAGGACGAUGGCUUGCAUGUGUUGCCAAUGGAGACGGAGGCUAGUGCUAAACUGGCUGAGCCAAUGGCCAGUGAGUAUCCCUGCUAUGCUCAGAGCCAAGGAAGACGAAUCCAGGUUACCACCGUUCAAAAAGGGCCUCCAUUGAGAUGAAGUCCUAGGAUAAAAUAGCCAACAGGGAUGAGCAGAGACCCAAGCAACCAAAGAAGAUGGCGAUGUGGGUCCAAGAGACAAGUAGUCACCUUGCUUGUUUCUACAGCAACAACUUCCCCAACUUUGAGUCUGAGGUGUAUUGGAGUCCAUUCCUAGGGUGCCUCCUGUGCCCUCUCAAGCCAAUUCCUCUCUUCUAGAAGAAUUUUCUAGAAGAAUUGUGAGUGUGUGUCUCAGAGAAUCUGUGUGUGUGCAUGUGCACAAGUGAGUGUGUGUGUAUCAGCAUCAGGGAAGUGAUUCUGAUGAACCUGGUGUGUGUGGUGGUUGCCCUGUUGCAGAUGACUGAGUGUUCCAUCUUCCCCCACCCCAAUUUUUCCUAUUAUUCUCUCCAGAAGAGAGUGUGCUGGGUGUGUCUGGGCAGUUAGAGGUUAGAGCUGGGGAUGAGAUUGCUGGGACCUGGGUGCCUUGGAGGCUAGCUUUCAUGACAGUUGAAGGUGAUGUUCAGCCAGGGAGCCUAGUAGAGGUGCCUGAGGUACUGACAAUGGCCAGCAGCUGGGGCCCUAGGCUCCCUGGAAUCUGCAGUUCCUUUCCUUGCUCCAAACAUUGGCCUCCAUGAUUGCUGCCUGCAGAUCUCCCAACUUGAACUAUAUUCAGUCAGCCAGCCUCAGUCUCAGGCUUUGGAACCACUUGAGCUCCCAGGUUUGAGUGGAGAAAUGGGAGCUGUGGAUCACAGGCCAGCUGGUGCAUUGUUGGGCUUUCUUGCCUUCAUCCUGGUUUUCCUACAGAAACACUGGGUCAAACAGUGGGGAGAAGAUAGAGAGCCAGCCCAGCUGUCCAACCCCAUCCAGAGUAUCUGCUUCCUAUGAGAAACUGCCCCUUCAGGAUGCUAGAAGGAGGUGAGAGACAAAAACAGCAGACUGGACAGGAGCUGGCAAGUGGGGCCCAGGCCUGGCACAGGCCUUUCCUGAGCGAAUCUAUCACACCUUCCCUUCAGCUCAGGCACAGCGACAUGCCCAGGACAGAAACCACCAUGUUGACCACAGGAGGUGCAGGGACUCUGGGAUAGAGUGAAAAGGGCACUGGCAUUUGGAAUGACCAUGACUUUGGAAACUCACCUUGCACAGUGCCUGACAUAUGGGAAACCCUUAAUAAAUGGUGAAAGAGUUUUACUGAGGCUCUUCAGGAGAGUGUGUGCUCAUGGGAACACUGGUCUCCAAGGGUGUUUUGUUUUGUUUGUUUGUUUGUUUGUUUGUUUUUUGAGACAGUCUCACUCAGUUGCCCUGGGUUUGAGUGCCAUGGCAUUAUAGCUUACAGCAACCUCAAACUCUUGGGCUCAAGUGAUUCUCUUGCCUCAGUCUCCCAGCCUCCCAAGUAGCUGGGAGGCACCUGCCAUAAUGCCCAGCUAUUUUUUAGGGACAGGGUCUUGUUCUUGCUCAGGCUGGUCUUGAACUCCUGAGUUCAAGUAAUCUGCCUGCCUCAGCCUCCCAGAG